AUGAGCAACACUGGUGUCCUUGUGGAUAUCGAGAACGAUGCCGAUGCGAUCUUGCAAGUAUGUUCCUACGACCGGCGGGGUUUGGACCCCGUCGUCGUCUGGUCAUCCCCGCACGAGAUGCAUCCAGUCCGCAGAUCGCUCCAGAAGCCGUUCGUGAAGCCGCCCAUCGCCCACCUUGGGAUGCUGGGUCGUCUCCCCGCCGAGAUCAUGUUGAUAGUCCUCGGCGCGCUCGACAUCCGCUCUCUGUUUCGUUUCCGCCAAGUCAACAGGCUUGCUCGCGUUCAUUCAGCUGGAUCCCGGGACUACAGACUGGCCGCCAAGCACGGUUUGGAGGCGCUGCGAGGCCUGCUGCGCGCCGAGCUCGCUCAUCUCUUCACCAUCCAAGACCUCUACCAGUCUCUUGUCACUGACCAGUGCGCGGCCUGUGGCAGUUUUGGAGGCUUUCUGUUUCUCCCGACAGCCGAGAGGACCUGUGCGGGUUGCCUCCAGUCGUCCUCCCGCUUCCGUGUCAUCCCUCCAUCCACUUUUGCCGAGCUCACUCAGGUGUCUCCCGCUCGACUGAGGGAUCUUGUCGGACAAGGCCUACGUACUGUGCCUAGAAUCAAAAGCGCAGCGACGGGGACUUCACCACACCCACCCGAGUAUCUGAUUUCGGAAGAGAGGGCCAGGCAAUCUCUGCUUGCCGUCGGGGCGCUGACCGAGGAUGCCGUUCGGAAUCUAGCGGCUCCCAGGGACGAGGAGAACCAUCGCUUCCUGGCAGCCAUUGCUCACCCGUACUACGAUUCCAAGAAAGCCAGCGUCGAGCGCGGCGUCAGCUGCAAGGGCUGCCUGCUUCGGUGUACUGACCCUAUCGGCCGCGAUCGAGACCGGGCUUUUUCCAACGCGGCCUUCUUGACCCAUGUCACGCAAUGCGUGGAAGCGCAGGACCUUUGGACCCAGAAUGAGGGUGACGAGAGUAAACUCUGGCAGGACGAGUAUCUCAAAGACAGCUCGAUCAGCCAAGCACUUCAGACUGAUUCUGUCCUACUGAAGCUGCAAGCUGGCUCACAAGAAGCUGGCUUCCUCGCCGCGCUGUUCCCCCUGCCCAAGACCCCGACCUUGGUCAUCAUCAAAAAUGGCGAGUUGAAGGAAUACAUUGCUUCAGGCGUUUCCAAGACAGACUUCUUGACCAGGGUUGGACGUGCUCUCCCAGGAAGCACCUCAAUCCCUGCUGCCGCAAGUGCGGCAGCGGCGGCGGCCGUGCAGAGCUCCCAUGAGACAGCGGCCACUGCUGCUCGAAGCCCGACCGCCUCCGCCGCGGUCGAAUCCUCAUCCUCAUCCUCAUCCUCAUCCUCGGCCCCGCCGCAGGACCGUGCGGAGCUGGUAAAGGCGGCCAUGGCUCGGCGUGAACGCGAGAAGCAAGAGGCGCUGCGGAAGCGGAAGGAGGCGGAAGAAGCUAGGAGAAAGGCGGCGGAGGAAUCGACCGACGAGACCACCAAGCCUCAAGCCGCUGGCCGACCGCGGGACGAGGUGCAGAAGGCCGCUGAGGCGCGGAAGAAGAGACAGCAGGAAGAGCUGGAGGCCCGACGCCGUGUCCUGAAGCAGAUCGAAGACGACAGGGCCGAGCGAAGGUCGAGAGAAGAGCUGCGGAAGCGGGAACGAGAGGCUGCUGCGGCCCUGGCAGAGGGAGCAGGUGGAGAGGCGGACGCGACGGGGGCCGAUAUCAGCUUGGCGCCACACUCUGCUCUGGCCUCGAGAGCGACGAAGAACAGCGAGGAAUGUGCACUUCAGGUUCGGCUUUUCGAUGGUUCCAAUAUCAGGACACGCUUCCCCAGCAGCAACACCCUCCGGACGGAUGUGAGGAAAUGGGUUGAAGACAGCCGGACAGACGACGGGGGCCCCUUCACGUUCAGAUCUCUCUUUCCGAGCCGGCUCAUCGACGAGACGGAAGAGGACAAGACCUUGCAAGACCUCGGGCUCACGCCUUCUUCCACCCUGGUUCUCGUCCGGGUCGAUAAGUUCUCCGACGCAUACGAUGACAGCAACGCCGGAAUCUUGUCUCGAAUCAUCGGUGCCAUUGUCCACUUCUUCACAAUGGUUCUCACGUUCUUUACCACGAUCUUCAGUAGCCCGCCGCCCGCACCCGAAGCGUCGCAGCCAUCACCGCAAGGCGCCAGCAGGCAGGAGCGAGGCCAACGUGAUAACGGCCGCGUCCAGGGGUUCAGGAACCCCAACGACAGUCAGAGGGAUCAGCAAUUGUAUAAUGGUAACUCGCUCAACUUCGAGCCGAGGAAUGACGGUGACGACAAUACACAAUAG